ACGAGCGGAGGUCGCGCGCGCUAACAGCUGACGCGCAGGUCAUAAGAAGAUAUAAAAUUAAGAGGAUUAUUAUAAGUAACAGUUCUUAAAAAUUUCAUUAAUUGUUCCAGUAACAUUUUAGGGUAUUAAUAUAAACGCAUACUAAUUUCAGUGUUGGAUUCAUCUGCAGGAGUCAGAGGGAUUAAACGUUUCGUAAUUUUCAUGAAUUGUCCCUCGAUGUCCUCCGUAGUCACUGGUAAAACAUGGCUUCUUUUACCAGUAAAGCGUUUCUGUGCCUAGGUCAAACUAAUAUUCCAGCCUUUGGAUUUAAUAAAGCAGCAAGCAGACUUACAUAUGCCACGGCCUCGUCCAUAAACCCUUCCACUGCAAAUAGGGGUCUUCCAGACAGAGGUGGUCGUGGACCUCUUGGCAGAAGACCUAGAAGAGAAGCAGGAGAGCCCAGAACAGAAAAGAUGCCAGUGGAUCAGGACUGGACGGCAGUUUAUCCAGCAGCAACUCCCUUCAGGCCAAACGCCGUCCCCCUUCCUGUGAGGAUGGGCUACCCCAUCAAUGGAGGCGUCCCUCCAGAGAAAAGGGGAAACCUGGAGCUGAUUAAGAUUCCAAACUUUUUGCAUUUGACCCCAGCAGCCAUCAAGAAGCACUGCGAAGCUCUGAAAGUUUUCUGCACAGAAUGGCCCUCAGCUUUGGACACCGAAGCUAAAUGCGAUGAGCACUUUCCCAUCAAAGUGGAAAGCACCGACUACGUCUCCGCCGGCCCUUCCCUCAGGAACCCCGCCGCCCGCGUCGUUAAGCUCCAAAUAAAGCUGUCGAGCCUGAACCUGGACGAACACGCGCGGAAGAAAAUGCUCAAACUUGUUGGGGAGAGAUACUGCAGAGAUACCGACGUCCUCACCAUCACAACAGACAGCUGCCCUCUGAGACAGCAGAACUAUGACUACGCCAUGUACCUGCUAACUGUUCUCUACCAUGAAUCCUGGAAAAUGGAGGCGUGGGAGGCUGAAAAGACCGUGGCAGACAUGGAGGAGUACCACUGGGAGGACAGCCCGUCCCAAAAGAACCUCUUGGACAUGCUGCUGCGCAUGAAAGCGGUCACGGAGGGAGAGGAGGAGGAAAUACGAGAGCAGCUGCUGGGAAGCAGCGAGGUUCAGGAGUAUAAGGACUCAGUCAUUCGGCUGAAAAACGAAGGGGAGAGCGAAAGCAGCAUGCUGCAGUACAAGGAGGCCGUCAAGAAAGUGUUAAACCUGUAAUACAACUUAAUGUGUUUACAUUAAGAUGGAAAAAAAAUACACAUAUUUGCCCCCCAGCUCCAUCAUAGUACUAUAAGUGUGAUAUUUGCCUGUAACUGCGUCCAUGUGGAAAUAAUAAGCAGUAUUUAUUUUCAGAAAUGAAUUUUCUGUCAUCAGUUAUAUGAUUGUUUUCCUUUUUAAUGGCAAAAAAUAAAAGAAUAAUCAAAGCC